UGUGAUGGUUACUACCAUAAUAUAUAGUUAUAUCAGUAUAUUAUGUAGUAUGUACCUGAUAGACUGAUCAUUGUACGUAUUGUAGAGAGUCACUAUCUUUUAUAGCCAAGAUAAAAUAUCAAUAACUGAUUAAAUUCUCUCGUUACUUGUUUAAUUUUUGUAAAACCGAUGCUCGUGCAAUAAUACUUUAGUGUCUGUGCGUGUAUCAUACUCGUUGCAUCGGUUUUAUAGUUUUCAACGUUCAAAAUUAUUAUAUUUUACUUAAUAUGGCUGAAUUUAUCGAAAGUAAUCGUGGUAAACCGUUAUUAGUUUUAGAUUGUUAUAAAUUUAGUAUCGGAUCAGUGAACAAAAAAACUAAUUCAACACGUUGGCGAUGUAUUCGAAGAGAUUGUGAUGCUAAACUUCCAAACAAGACUACCGAAACUUACAUUCAUGCAUUUCACUUGAUAUUACAGAAAUGCACUUCUUUAGGUGUAACAUUAUUGCCUCAGUAUGUAACGACAGAUUAUGAAAAAGCAAUAAUUAACGCAGUCCAUGAAAUUUGGCCACAAAUUCAAAUUAUUGGGUGUAGGUUCCACUUAACCCAAGCUUGGUAUCGCCAAAUCCAAAAAGUAGGACUGGCUACUGAAUAUCAAGACCGAUCUUCAGAAAUUGGAUUAUGGUUGCGCCACACUUUUGGAUUGCUUUUUCUAGAACCAAAUAAUGUUUUAGAUUGUUUUCUUCAAAACUUUAUGGCUGAUCGUCCUAUAGAUGAUAAAGUUAUCAAAUAUGCAGACUAUCUCAUUGACAACUAUUUAACAGACGAUUGUGACUAUCCUCCAGAAAUAUGGGCAUCAGCAAGUUCUAGUUUACAACGCACGACUAAUAACUGUGAAUCCUUCCAUGCAAAUUUCAAUCGAAGCUUUUAUAAAGAAUCUCCAUCCAUAUUUAAUUUGCUUGCGGUUUUAAUUGAUGAGGUACAAACUGAAAUUUAUAUAAAACUUAGAAGUGUUCACUUGCCAAACCGUACUCAAGAUCGAUCAAUCAGAGAGAGAAAAUCCAAAAAUGAAAAAUAUAUAUCAGAUUAUCAAAACGGACAACUUGACAGGUAUGAUUUUGUUAAGUUGGUUUCAAACAAUUAUUUCAAACAAAUGUAAUGAAAAGCGCUAACAAAACUCAGACGACGACAGAACACAAUUAUAUUGACCUUAUAUCAUUUUUUUUUAUAUAAUAUAUCUUAUAUUUUUAAUA